GGACCAGAGACAGGAUAGGGUCUGGAGGAGGGGGAGGGGAGGGUGCAAAUUUCAGGGGCAGCUCCAGUUCCUUCCCCGCCCCCAGCUUGCUACUCCUCCUCCUGCCCAUUUUCCCCUAGGCUCUGUCAGCAGUGUCCCCAGGACCAGACUGUGCCCCCUGCCCACUGCUCUGGGCCUCCCCCUCCCUCCAGUGCUCCCCGACUCAGGGCCCAGGGCUCUCCCCUCCAUUCCCAUCCAUUUCCCAUCCGGACCAAGAAGCCAUUUCCAGUCUCCCCCCGAGACGGGAGCCAGGUUCAGAAGCAGCAGGAUGGGGACUGUGCCAUUUCUUUGGUUGCCACUGCUGCUGCUGCUGCUGGGGGCACCUAUACCAGGGGCACAGGGUGAGGAGGGACUAGACUUUCCCGAGUAUGAUGGUGUGGAUCGAGUGGUCAACGUCAAUUCCAAGAACUACAAGAAUAUGCUCAAAAAGUAUGAGGUGCUUGCCCUGCUCUACCAUGAGCCCCCUGAAGAUGACAAGGCUUCCCAGAGACAAUUUGAGAUGGAAGAGCUAAUCCUGGAGUUAGCAGCCCAAGUCCUGGAAGAUAAGGGAGUUGGCUUCGGGCUUGUGGACUCAGAGAAAGAUGCAGCUGUGGCCAAGAAACUGGGCCUGACAGAGGAGGACAGUGUGUACGUGUUCAAGGGCGACGAGGUCAUCGAAUAUGAUGGUGAAUUAUCUGCGGAUACCCUGGUCGAGUUUCUGCUUGAUGUCCUGGAAGACCCUGUGGAGCUAAUCGAGGGUGAGCGGGAGCUGCAGGCAUUUGAGAACAUUGAGGAUGAGAUCAAACUUAUCGGCUACUUCAAGAAUGAGGACUCAGAACAUUUCAAGGCCUACGAGGAUGCAGCUGAAGAGUUUCACCCCUACAUCCCCUUCUUUGCCACCUUUGACAGCAAGGUGGCUAAGAAGCUAACCCUGAAGCUGAAUGAGAUUGAUUUCUAUGAGGCCUUCAUGGAUGAGCCAGUGACCAUCCCAGACAAGCCCAACAGUGAGGAGGAGAUUGUCAGCUUUGUGGAAGAGCACAAGAGGUCAACCCUGAGGAAGCUGAAGCCUGAAAGUAUGUACGAGACUUGGGAAGAUGACCUAGAUGGCAUCCACAUAGUGGCCUUUGCAGAGGAAGAUGACCCUGAUGGGUAUGAGUUCUUAGAGACCCUCAAAGCUGUGGCCCAGGACAACACAGAGAACCCUGAUCUCAGCAUUAUCUGGAUCGACCCUGAUGACUUCCCCUUGCUUGUCCCAUACUGGGAGAAGACAUUUGACAUCGACCUGUCAGCCCCCCAGAUAGGAGUUGUCAAUGUGACGGAUGCUGAUAGCAUUUGGAUGGAGAUGGAUGACGAGGAGGACCUGCCCUCAGCUGAUGAGUUGGAGGACUGGCUGGAAGAUGUGUUGUCGGGUGAGAUCAACACUGAAGAUGAUGAUGAUGAUGACGAUGAUGAUGAUGACGAUGAUGACUAGGCGUCAUGGUGACCACUUCUCAGCCCCUUCCUGCUCUGGUCUCCCCUACUGAGUGCCUCCUCCUGGGGGUGCCAAGCAGGACCCUGGUCAUGGGGCCCUUCCAGGAUGGCCUCUUGGUGUCUAGGCUUUAGUUCCCUUCAGGGAUUAUACUGAGGAAAGGGGCUGCCUGCCUGCCUUCCCCUUUUCCUUCCCUUCUGACCCCUAUCUCUUACCCCGUCUCUCCCCUUCCUGCUUCAGUCCUUGAAAGUCUUUCUCUCUGUGCUCUUUCCUUGCAUUCUUCUCUUGAUCUCCCUCCCUGUGUUCCCCCAACUCUCUCCUCAAAUCCUUUCCUUGUCCACCCAUCAUCCUGUUUUCCUUUGACUAUGCCCUGUUCCCUGCCUAGGGAGGGGGAGUGCGGUGCUAGGUUUGGGGCCACAUCUCAGCCACUUCCUGUUAACUUAUUUGGGUCAAAUGAGAAGUCUCAAUAAAGGGAUCUGGGGCAGCA